AUGCCCAACACCCAAGCUACUCUGUCACAUUCUCUUGGAACUUCAACUCGUUUGAGCCCUUUGAUCGAAGAAGAGCUCAAAGGGAAAGAGACAUUUGUCAUCCCAUCUUUGUGUAAAACUAACAGUGAGCUUCGCACGACCGAUUCUGAGGACGAGGAAGAUGAGGAGGUCGACGAUGAUACGGACGAAGCCUCAAACUGGACGACCUCCACUUCCUUAUCGGCUGAGGACGUUAAAGGGAAUGAUUCAGUCGUCGAAAGUUAUGACGAUAUCGUGUCACCGGUAGAAGUCAAGGCCGAAAUCAAGCUCAGUAAAUGCGCAGAAAAGUUAAUCCAACAUAGCCGCCAGGCAAUCGCCGAUGUGAUCUCUGGAAAAGACGACAGAUUGAUCGUCGUGGUGGGGCCAUGUUCCAUUCACAAUGUUGAGGCCGCUCUCCAUUACGCCCAGGAGUUGAAGGCUGUCGAACGCCAGUUCCCUAACUUGAUUCUCGUGAUGAGAACUUACUUCGAGAAGCCCCGAACAACUGUGGGGUGGAAGGGAUUGAUCAACGACCCUGACUUGGACGGUAGCUUUCAGAUCGAACGCGGGAUCCGCAUCGCUAGAAAGUUGAUGCUUGAAAUUACCCACAUGGGUUUACCAGUGGCGACCGAGUUGCUCGAUACGAUCAGUCCUCAAUACCUCUCAGAUUUGAUUUCAUGGGGCGCAAUUGGUGCACGCACGACAGAAAGUCAGCUCCAUCGCGAGCUGACCUCGGCUACCGCCCAUCCGGUCGGAUUCAAGAACGGCACAGACGGCGGAGUGAAGGUGGCGAUGGACGCGAUGCAAUCGGCACGCGCGAGCCAUGCAUUCAUGGGCGUCGGCCCACACGGACGAGCAAGCAUUGUCCGAAGUCGCGGAAAUAACAACGUCCAUGUCAUCUUACGAGGAGGAUCCAAGGGAACAAACUUCGACGCAGUCAGUAUUGCUGAAACCCGAUCGAGUCUGGUCAAGAUGCAGCCCACCUUGCAUCCUUCGCUCAUGAUAGAUUGCUCUCAUGGAAAUUCCUCCAAGGAUUAUAGAAAUCAACCCAAGGUCAUCACAUCGAUCUGUGAGCAAUUAUCAAACGGCAGCGACGAAGGUGCUAUCAAUGGGGUGAUGAUCGAAUCAAACAUUCAUGAAGGCCGACAGGACAUCCCCAAGGAAGGCCCCAUCGGGUUGAAGUAUGGUGUCUCGAUCACGGAUGCGUGUGUUAGCUUUGAGGAAACCGUCAACAUGCUGAGAGACUUGGAAGGUGCAGUCUUACGUCGUCGCAAAAUCUUGGGCUCCCGAAGAUCAAGUUUGGAUCUCUGA